AUGUCUACCAUAGCUUCACCGCGUCCAAGCUCUUCCAUACGGAGCCCUUCCUCUACCCGCGCAUCCUUCGAAGGUUCUGCUCGUCCACCCUCGACUACGCGACGUAACCGGGCCGCUCUACGUGACUACUAUGGUCUAAAAGCUGCGAAAGAUAACGAAGCAAAGAUCUCAGAAGAAUCAGCAAGGACAGAACUAGGCCCUGAAGAAGACGAAACCUUGACAGAGCUUGAUGCCACCAAUUUCGAUGCAGACGCAUAUGUGAAUAACCUGUUCACGAAGGAAGGCUUGAAGGGCGUGCUGAGAGUGGAAGCAGAUUUGAUAUCGCAGAUACGAAACCUUGACAGCGACCGCAAGUCUCUCGUUUACGAUAAUUAUUCCAAGCUUCUCUCCGCAACCAGCACCAUCCGCCGCAUGCGCGGCAAUAUGGACCCUCUUGCACCUACCACGCAUACCCUUGGUCCUGCCAUAGCACACAUCGCUGAGACCGCCGGUUCAUUGUCAUCCUCGAUGCAGGCACUGCCCGCAAAGCCGCAGGGCUUGGGUAUCGACAUACAGGUCGAGGACGAAGAUAACAACGUCUCGGAGGUGGCUACGAAGCAGAAGCAGAAGGAUACAGUGCGCUGGGUCCUGGAUACUCCACGGAGACUACAGGAGAUGAUCGACCAGGAGCAGGACGAAGAAGCAGAGAAAGAGUGGGGAGAGAUCAGCCAGAUUCUGCACAAGUGGAGCGCUGUUCCGGGUGUACAGGAGCUGAGGCAAAAGUGCGAGACCAUCAUGCAGGAGGAUGAAUCCGAGUGA